AUGCAACCGCCAAAUCAAUAUUCGCGGGUCAAUCUCACUGAAUUGAAAGCUCAGAUAGUGAGGAGACUUGGGCCAGAGGUGUCCAAGCAGUAUUUUUAUUACUUGAAUAGAUUAUUGAGUUUGAAGCUAACCAAGGUUGAGUUCAAUAAGCUUUGUCUUAGGAUUGUUGGGAGAGAGAAUAUUCCACUUCACAAUCAGUUCAUUUGUUCGAUUCUGAGAAACGCCUGUACGGCAAAGUUCCCUCCGCUGUCGUCUCGUGAUGAGGGAGUCUUGAAGCCUACAGGAGAAGUUGGGAAUAAAGAACCUCCAAGUGAUAGGCUCAAGCAAAAUGGGUUCCAUCCUGCCAUUAGUCAUGCUUCAAAUCCACCAGCUUUUUCAAAUGGGGACAUUGUGCCUCUGUCGCCCCGAAAGGCCAGGACAGUAAUUCGUGAUCGCAGGUAUGGGGAUCGGGAUCGCCGUAGUUCACUAGGAACAAAUGAUAAGACAAAUUUUUCUUCUCAACGAUUAUUGGCCACACAUUCCAGUGAUUUUAAUGUUAUUUUGGAGAAUGGGGAUUCGACUCUGACUGAUACUCAAGGGCCGGUGCAGCAUCAUCAAGGACUCACACAACAAGCAGAUAACGAAGGGGGUGUAUCAGGUCACCAGCCUGCUAAAGUCUCAGUAAUAAAGAGAUCACCAGGUGGUCCAGUUUAUGUACAUAACAAAGACCAUACUGAAUUAUUAGUUAGAGAAGAUGGGAAAGAGGUAUCUGCCAGGAGUCUACUCAGUGCUCCAUUAGGGGUUCCAUUGUGCCCUGUUAGUGUGGGUGGGGCCCGCAGGGCAUUGCCUUUGGAAAGUAGCAGUAAAUGUGUUGGCUCAUUUAGCAGUGGUGGUUUGUUAGACACUGUGACACUGAGGGAACGCAUGGAGCAGAUUGCUGCUACACAUGGCCUUGAAGGGGUUUCAAUGGACUCUGCAAAUUUGUUGAACAAUGGGUUGGAUGCAUAUUUGAAGGGUUUAAUUAGGUCUUGCAUUGAACUUACGGGGGCAAGAGCAGGGCAUGAGCCUUCGAAGAACAGUAUCCACAAGCACCAAGCUCAUUUGCAGCUUGUUAAUGGUGUGAGACCGGGUCACCAUUAUCAGAUUCAGAGCAGCAACCGGCCUUUGGAGGUAAUGCAAGAAGUUAGACCCCAUUGCCCAAUAUCUUUGCUUGAUUUUAGGGUUGCAAUGGAGCUGAACCCACAACAGCUUGGUGAAGACUGGCCGUUACUGCUGGAAAAAAUAUGUAUACAUGCAUUUCAGGAAUAA